CGCUAGACUACCGCAACAUCACAUACGUCGCCAGCCAGCUUUUUUAGUAUUGCACAUCUAAUUCAACCUGCCUACAUUUCAUUCCUGAGCAUAACCCUCUUAUUCGUCUUCUCUCAUUUCCGAGCGACAAUACUCUCACGGUUCCGUUUGCUCGAUCGCACGAGAGCCGCAACGCAGUCGCCAUGGGUCUCAACAACCCUCUCCCGUCGUCUUUGGCGUCCGAAUGUAAGAAGUGCGGCAAGAUUCUGCAAUCCUUCAUCGAUCCCCGGCAGGCUCUGUCACCAGACAAAGUCAUCCCUCCCGAGAUUCUACAAAACGCCAAGGGCCUUGCCAUUCUCACAGUCAUCAAAGCCGGUUUCCUAGGCUCCGCUCGAUUCGGUUCCGGCCUGGUGGUCGCACGUCUGGACAAUGGCAAUUGGUCGGCCCCAACAGCCAUCAUGACCGGAGGCGCAGGCUUCGGUGGCCAGAUCGGUUUCGAGAUCACCGACUUCGUCUUCAUCCUCAACGACAGAAACGCCGUCAAGACCUUCGCGCAAGCAGGAUCCAUCACUCUGGGCGGUAACGUCUCCAUCGCAGCAGGACCGGUCGGUCGAAACGCAGAAGCCGCCGGUGCUGCCUCCCUCAAGAGUGUGGCAGGUAUUUUCAGCUACAGCAAGACCAAGGGACUGUUCGCCGGAGUCUCGCUUGAGGGCUCCGCCAUAAUAGAACGCAAGGAUGCCAACGAGAAGCUCUAUGGUCAGAGGUUCACUGCUAUGCAGCUCCUGAGCGGCAGCAUUCAGCCUCCUCCGGAGAGCGGCCCGUUGAUGGGUAUCUUGAACGGCCCCGGUUUCAAGCGUGGUGGUUCCGUGGCCACGGCAACCGCAGACGAUGAUUUGUACAACAGCUCGGUGUAUGGCGGCGACAACAACUACGGUGGCGCACAACAGGACAACUAUGCCGCUCCCCAGCGUGCCUCUACGUGGCAGGCACCACCUUCCAGCUCCUGGGACCAGCAGUCACCAUCGCCUGGAGGAGCAGGGGGAAUUGCGACAGAGAAGAGGGCUGGGCCAGGACGGCCGGCAGCCCCCAAGCCCAACUUUGCUGCCAAGCAGAAUCUCACCAAGAACCAGGCUGUUGCCGCGUACACCUUCGAGAGCGAUACCCCCGGUGAUCUCACCUUCAGAAAGGGAGAGGUCAUCACGAUACUGAAGAAGACGGACAACGAAACCGACUGGUGGACUGGCAUGAUCGGAACGAGACAUGGUAUAUUCCCAAGCAACUAUGUCAAGAUGCAGUAGACGGUCUCAGAUGGGCACUGUAAAGUUCCAAAUAGGAGGGAGUGGUGGUGAAGCUGCUGCUGCUGCUGCUGCUGCCACCACUGACUGGCGGGAGGAGAUUAGAGAGGGGUGGAAGAGCAGCCACCAAGAAAGAUUGGGACCAACUCUCUUAAAAAGGGCUUGCUUCGUUAUGUUAUAGAAGGUAUCUACGGAGUAACUUCCGAUACUAUCUCGACGAUCCGCCCUUGAUUCGUGGGGAUGGCUCCAUCCAUAUUUAGUUGAGCCGCGGCGUUUUCCUUUGGCUGGAGAUAUGUUUUGUUGCAUACCAUACCCAACCCGAUUGCAUGAUUUCGAGAUAGCAGACUGGAAUGAUAAAUGCAGACAUCAGCAUUCAGAUCAUGAUCGUU